GAUCUGGGAUGUAGAGGAAGGCUUGCAGGAAUCGGAAGGUUGUAGCCCCCUCACUUUGUGUUAUUAAUGCUGCAGCUCUUAGACACUGGCUGGACAGGCACAUCCCUCCCUCCGCUGGAUCUGCCUUUGAGCCUGGUGAUCCCUGGGAUAUCUGCAGAAGGUGCCAAACAGAAGGUACGCAGACAUUUUCAGAUCAACUUUGGAGUUGGUCAAGAUUUACAGUAAUUUUCCAGCACAAAUUGGUAAGAAAGCUCGUUCAUAUAGAAUCUUCAUAAUUGUGGUUUGCAAAAUACGCUGCAGAAUCAUUAAUGAUGUCUAAUGCCAGCCAACUUACUGAGCAACAAAUCACUCCGAGCACAGACCCAACAGAAAAGGAUGUUCACAAGGACGAUGAACUUACAGCUGAUUUAGAAAAACGGAGCAGAAGUGGUAUAAUAAAUGAGCCAAUAAGCAAAGUUCUAAAAAAACCUCGUUCUUCAACCCGCUUUCCAACAUUUGGCAGUAGCAGCUCAAUGAACGGGCAAUUGCAAAAUGGAAGUAUCUUAGCAAAUGGAAAAGAUUCAACAGUUCUUCAAAACAGUACUACCUCAAAGCAUAAAAGAGCCUCUCACAUGUUAGACAAAUCUGACAGAUCACUGGAAAGUUCAUCAGAGGCACAGAAUGAAGUGCACAUCAUUCCUUCUACGGAUCUUCAAAAGCAGGUGGAACCUGAGCACAUUUUCCUUUCCAGUGAACGAGAAGCUGGUAUUUCUGACAUGGAGGUCGUAUCAGCAGCUGAAGCAAUAAGCAGUCCUGUUGAUUUACCCUUCAUGAGUGGCAUUCCAUUGAAUCCAGGUGUUUUUAUUAUGACUCCUGCUGGGAUAUUCAUGGCAGAUAGUGCGCUUCAGAUGGCCGGUCUGGUAGAAUAUCCUUUGCAGAAUGACCUUGCUUCAGCCAUUCAUUCUGGAAAAAAGAAGAGAAAGAGAUGUGGCAUGUGUGAACCCUGCAGAAGAAGAUUAAAUUGUGAGGAAUGCAGUAGCUGUAGAAAUCGCAAAACUGGCCACCAAAUUUGCAAACUGCGAAAAUGUGAGGAACUUAAAAAAAAACCCACAGCAGCAUUGGAGAAAGUGAUUCUUCCUUCAGGAGCAGCAUUUCGAUGGUUCCAAUAGAUGUGAGCACGCAAUUCCCAGAGUUGUGUCAUUAAGUGCAAUGUGUCUGCUUGCUUGUAUUGUCUCAGGCAAACAUUGUUGGCUGAAGUAAAUGGACGCACCCUGUGUUUUCUUAGAACCAAAACUCUUUCUGCAACUUUCAUUCCAAUUUUUAUGGAGGUGAAUUUUAUGUUGUAAGAAUAAAUAUCUUUAGUCAUUGUACAAUGUGUCAGUGCUAUUACAACAAAUCUGUAAAAUACAGUACCAAGACAAAAUGGGCAGAGUAUGGACAAUCAGAUUUUAUUUGUAUUUGAUGUUGAUGUCUGUUAUGUAUGUUGGAAGGUGCUAGGACUGUUUAGGAAGUUAAUUUUACAGAUAUCUUUUAAGACUAGUUGACUGAACACACUGUUCUAGACAUAGCACAAUGGUUCAAUUACAUGCCUUUUUCCAAUCUACCUUUCUUCUAUAUUUUAAUGCAUAUUUCUCCAAUUGUCACUGGGUUAGUCAUUGUGUGAUGACACCUCUCGACGUUGGAAACUUGAACACAUAAGUAGGCACUAGAAUAUAAUUUUUGUUAUUUUCGUUUGUAAACAUUUUUGUAAAUUGCUGAAUUAACAUCACUGCUGUGGUGGUCUUCAAGCCACUGGUUUUCAUGUAAAAUCACCAGCUUCACACCAAUUGCAUGGUGCAUUUUGUAAUGAUUUGGCUGUUUUUGGCUGUUUUGUGUAGAAAAUUAGUGUUUCUUUUGUGUGUCAAAUUUCAUUUUGGGGCACAUAGCCUUGCAUGCGGCACUUGGCGUCCCUUAUGAUGAGCAGACUGAUUUCUGGAAAUGCUGUUUAGGGAGGUUAGCUUUUCACGAUCCAGCAAAGUUUUCAUUGCUUCUGCUAUAAAGGUACACUUAACACAAUUCUCUUCCUUGCCUACAGAAAAGAGACAGUGCCCCAGUAAAGCCUAUCCAUGGUAGAUCACAGGAACCUUUUGUUUCUAUGAUCUUUCUACUUCAUUGCGGCAAUGUAGUGGCACAACAGACAAUGCUGUUAUUUCACAACACCAGUGACCUGGAUUUGAUCCUGACCUCAGCUGCUGCCUGUGUAGAGUUUGCAUGUUCUCCUUGUGAUAACAUUGGUUUCUCCCUGGUGCUCCAGUUUCCUCUCUCAUCCCAAAGACAUUUUGGCUAUUAGGAUAAUUGGUUAUUGUAAAUUACCCUUAGUGUAGGUGACUGAUGGGAGAAUUGGAGGGUGUUAAUGGAUGAGAGAAUAUAGUACAGGGAAAUAAAUUUGGGAAUGAGAUUGAAGGGAUUGCUCUGAGAGCUGGUAUAGGCUGGAUGGGCUGAAUGGUCCCCUGCUAUAUCAGUAGGAAAUGUGAGUAAUAUGAGAAUCAAAAAAAGCACGUAAUUUUAGGGGCGCUACAUAUUAUAGACAUUCUUUAAAAAUGACCGAGAAAUAAAGACGCAGGGACUCCCCGGGUUACAGAAAACAUUAAUUUACGGAAAUCCAACAUUAUGCAAAUUCUCCCAUAGAGCUCGAAGUGCGUACAAACAAUGUCUCCCCGAAAACAAACCUGUCAAUUGUACUCGAUCAUCGAUGUUGGUUGCAGAGUCUUCAAAGUUUAAAAUAACGUUGAAUAGUUUAUGCCGAAAAUAUCUGUAUGGUUUGAUUAAAAUGAAGUAUCUUGUUGGAAUUUUGUUGCCUCUGAUGGCACUCUGGCUCUUUUAUGACCAGAUCUGUGGCAACUGGCUGCAAAUGAGUGAACUUAUGUUAUUAUUGCUGGCACCCACUUGUUUUCCCUUCCCGAGAAAGUGUUUGUUUCUGACUUAUGAAUUAAUUGGUUUAUGGAUAGUUCUCAGGAAUGGAACCCCACGUAACCUAGGGAGGGUCUGUACUUGGAAAAUGAAUAGCAGGAGGUUUUCAGUAAACAAAUAAUCUUACAACCAGGCAAAUAGUAUUUUGAUAAUUAAAACGGUAAGUAAUAGAAUUUAUGAUUACAUAACUGUUUGGAGAGGAGAACAGCUUUUUAGUUUUCGAUUUACAGUACUCUAAAACAAUUAAUACACAUUUAAAUGCAAUGCGUAUCAGCAACUUAAUUGCACCUCACCAAAUUAACCACUGAAGUCCUAAUGUGUUAUUAAUGCUAUCCACAUAAAAGUGAGUAAUUAAAUAACCAACUCAAUGACUUUUGAAACAGAUAUAUUUAAGCUGCAUUCACAUUAUUUAUGUCUUAUAUGUAUAUAUAUAUGCAGCCUGAUUUAAACUGCUGUUGCCAAUGCUCUUUAUGGGGUAAAUCUAGAGUUAGCUUCCAAUCUGACACCAGCACAAAAUGGAGAGGCCAAAGACUGUGUACUCUCACACUGCUUCCCUUGAUGCCACAUGAACUGAACUCCAUGAAGGGUGCUUUGUGCAUGUGCUUUACCACAAUUUGAAUGUUUAGAGAGAAGGCUCUCCCCUCUCCAGAAUUUAAAUUACCACCUAUUGUAACAGAGCUCCAGAUCUGGGUAUAUUCAGGCAUACAUUGAGCUCUGGUUUAGACAGGGCAGUUGAAUUUCCAAGCAGGAUGAAGCCAAACAAUGUAGACGGGAAGUAUGAACUAGCAGCAUAUAUGAGGUAAACACACUUUUAACACAUGCAUUUACUCUAUUUAAAGAGCCAAAAUUCUUUUUUGAGAAAGCACUGACAUUAGUAUCUUGUCUGAAACACAGGGUUUUUGGGAUGCUGGGUUGAAUGGGAAUGAAAAUCUUGGGCAGUAGGACAAACCAGGGAGAAGCAAGUACAAUGAGGAAGAAAAUUGUGGGGUGUAUAACCAGCUGCCAGUUUGCUAUUGUUUUUUUUUUGCUGCCUUUUUUUUUGCUACCUACCAGGAGAACCUGCAACACUUUUGGAAUUCACUAUUGUUCAAUAUGUUGGAAGCAAAGAGAGGUUGCUGGCUGAUAGGUAUUCCAUAUAGCUGCUAAUUUGAACUGGUGGAAAUUAGUUCUGGCAAGAGCCAAGGUGUGGUGACUGUCAACUAAUGAUAAUUCCAAUCACUAUUGAUCUGCCUUAUCCAAAGUAACUGCUGUGUUUUAAUUUGUUAUGCUGUUUGAAUAAAAAGUGAGCACAAAUACAUAGUGAAAAACAUUUCUUUCCCCAGAAACAAAAGUUUUAGAGUCCUUGAUAAGUUAGAGGAAAAAGAAUGGCUGAUGCAAUGCAUAAUUUUUUUGAAUAUUCAUAUAAAUAUUGGUUCAAGGUCAAUCAUACGAUAACAUGAUUGAACCUUCUGUUAUAAAGACAGGUUCAUGCUACUUUGAAAUAAUAUUUAAAACCAUCAGUUCUCUUUCUCAGCUUGAGCACUGAUUUUUUUCUAUUAAUUCUAAAAAUACUUUCCUGAUAUUGUGAAAGAGCAAUGUAUAUGAUUUGCCAAGAAACACAUAAAAUAUAUGGAUAUAAUUUUUUUUCUAGUUAUGUAAUUCAUUUCAGUGUUGUAAACUGGUCUUAAGAUUUGGUAUGUUUAAAGCAAAAACAGCAAAAGAAAAUGGAACAAAAUAUAUGCAUCAGCAAUAUGGUGUCCUGUCUGUAGCGAUUCUGUAUACAAAUAAAAUAAGUACUGUAAAAUUUA